UUCCUGUGGAAUGCUUGCUCUUGAAGGCCCACACUUAGAAGUUAGAACAGAGGAAAGCUCAUCAUGGAUGAGAAAGAUGAAAACUGGAAAAUGGGAAAUGAUUGUAGCUGCACCCACAUAAAAAUCAUACCCUCUUCACCAAAAGUUGCAAGCUUGUGAUUUUUAACUAUUGAGGAAAAAUAAUACACUAUAUAAAAAAUCUUGAUAUCGGUGCUCAUUGUAAAAUCUAUCCAAAGUUCCACAUUCUUCCGUAUCCAAUACUAUAAUAAAGAAUGUUUUGCUGGUUUCAAAGCUAUCCCAUCUGAUUUUAGUGACCACACAAUGCUUUUUUCCCAGGCUCCUAGUUCUCUUAAACGGUGAUUCUUGUUCUUUUUAAAGAGUUAAUGAGAUUUCAUAAGAUGGGUAUGCAAAAUACUGGGAUGUUGAAUCACACUCAAUCUGCAUCACAUUCAUCAUUUUUUUUAACUAUCUUGAUUUAUGUGCAUUGAUGUUAAAAUUACUCUGAAAGCAAAGUUUUUAUUAAUGUGCAUGUUUUGGUCAUUUUAACGACUAUUAGUGCCCAUAAGAAGCUACUUCUAUGACAAACUCUGCAAAUUGUUCCUUCUUUUUCGGACUAGGCUAAUGUUUAGGUUUCAACAAGUCCAUUAGUUAAGUGUCUAUUUACAAAUCAAUUUGUACGUUUCACCCAUCUACUUGUUCAAGCUGACCUGGGACAAUUAGAUAAUCAAAAACCAAGAUAUCUUCUGUAUAAGAGAAGAUUCUUAUGAGCAUUGUCUCAGAUCACAGAAACUGAAGUUGGUCAAUGUGAUAUUGUGAAAUAGCUAAGAAGGGUUGGUUUAGCAUGUUUAAGAAGCUUUUUUUAUGGGAUACACAUUCCUCGCAAGAGAAGGAGAAAAGAAGGGCUUGGAUAUUUGGGAGAGUUAAGACCAAGAGAUUGCCUUCAAUUACAGCUCCACCACCACCUUCAAAAGAAACAAGACUAAGUGAAGUUGAGGAAGAACACAGCAAGCAUGCUUUAACAGUGGCCAUUGCUUCAGCUGCUGCUGCUGAAGCUGCUAUUACUGCUGCUCAAGUUGCUGUUGAGGUUGUUAAGCUCCAAUCUGCUGCUCAUCAACAACUUAAAGAAAAACAAGAACAACUUCAACCUGUUAAAACUAGCCAUGAUGUUCCUCAUUCCACACACCAAUGCCAGAGGAAGAUUCAAGAAUCUUCAGCCAUCAAAAUUCAAAUAGCAUUUAGAGGUUACCUAGCAAGGAAAGCUUCGAGAGCAUUGAAGGGAAUAGUUAAGCUUCAAGCUAUCAUUCGCGGAAGAGCUGUGAGACGCCAAGCUUUGAAUACUCUAAAGUGCUUGGAGUCAAUAGUAAGUAUCCAGUCACAGGUCUUUGCAAGGAAACUCCAAAUGGUUGAAGGAAGAUGGGAUUGUGGUGAACAUGAAGAGAUGCAAGGUUCAAGAGACAAGAUAAUAAGGAUGGACUCAAACAGUGAGAGAAGGUGGGAUGACAGCAUUUUGUUGAAGGAAGAGGUAAAAGCCUCUUGCAUAAGCAAGAAAGAAGCAGUUCUUAAGAGAGAGAAAGUAAAAGAAUACUCAUUUAACCACAGAAGGUCAGCUGAAUCAGAAAGAAAUAAAAUAAAUGGAAGAUGGAGAUACUGGAUGGAGCAGUGGGUAGACACACAACUUUCUAAGGGUAAAGAACUUGAAGAUUUAGACUCAGUUUUCAGCUCACAUUAUUCUAGACCAGGGGAGGAAUGUGAAAGGAGUCAACUAAAGCUUAGAAAUGUUCAUAGACAAAAUCAGGUUGAAGCAUUCGAUUCUCCACCACUUGCUUCAAGGAACUCUUUUCCCCACAGGAGCCAAACUUCAGAGGCAGAAGAUCACUCAGUUCCAAGCUCUCCUGCAAUUCCUACAUACAUGGCUGCAACAAAAUCAACACAAGCAAAAGCAAGAUCAACAAGCUCCCCAAGAGCAAGGAUAGGAGGGAGUUUUGACAUCAACUCUGAUAGCUAUUCACUAUGCAAGAAAAAGUUGCCUAUUGUGACUUCUAUUAAUGGUGAAGUGUUUAGUAAUGGUAGGAUGGGCAAACUCAGUAGUAAUCAGCAAAGAUCUCCUAGCUUAAAGGGCCUUCCAAGUCCUGUAAAAUUGAGUCAGACAUUGAGGGAUCUCAGCAUUAAUUCAGAUUGCUCAGUGCCAAUUUGAGAUCAACAAAGUUCCUUCAAAUGAUAGAUACUAUGCUUCUUGCGUUACUACCAUUAUUCCUAAUCGCCCUUGAAAAUUGUUUGUUUGUUGUGUAUAUGGGAAUAAAACUUAUAUUCUUUUUGGUUGAGAA